CGGGCGGACUCUUCUGCGCAGAGUUGCUCGUGUCAAUUUUUUGUUGAACAGAAGAUAAGAACAUGUUUCUCGACUACUACGAGAUACUGGAAAUAAACAGAGGCGCUACAGACGCGGAUAUUAAAAAUGCGUAUCGUCGCCUCGCAGUCAAGUUUCAUCCCACCUGCAACAAAGACGCCGGGAGCAUCGACAGGUUUUGUCUGUUGGGUGAGGCGUACGAGGUGCUGAGCGACCUGCAAAAGAAGGCCCUUUAUGACAAGUUUGGCGGGGAGGGUUUGAAAGGCGGAGCCCCCCUGCAGACCAGCGAAGGAGUUGUUUGGUCAGCCAAAUACACCUAUCACAACAAUCCGGAGAAAACCUUCAAGCAGUUCUUUGGAAGCAACAAUCCAUAUUCUGCACUGUUUGAAACUGAUGGGCCACUUCAGUACUGCGGACGUAUCCUGGACCCUGUGCCGACCCAGGACCCCCCAAUAGAGAAGGAGCUACCUUUGAGUCUGGAGGACCUUUUUCAUGGUCGCAAGAAGAAAAUAAAUAUAUCCAGAAAGGUGAUGAAUGAGGACAGUGGCACGUCCUGCAUCAAAGACAAGAUCCUGACCAUAAACAUCGAACCCGGCUGGACGGAUGGAACCAAAGUGGUCUUCCCUAAAGAAGGAGAUCAGGGUCCGUACAAAAUCCCAGCAGACAUCAUCUUCAUCAUACGGGAGAAGAGUCAUCCUCAGUUCACCAGAGAAGGAAAUGACCUGAUCUACAAGAGCAGCAUUUCUCUGGAGAAGGCCCUCACUGGCUGCUCUGUGGAGGUGGAGACGCUGGACGGAAGACAGAUCAAUAUUCCGAUCAAUGACAUCGUGCACCCAGCGUACAGGAAGGUGGUGGCUGGAGAGGGAAUGCCGCACUUCCAGGAUCCCGCUCGGAGGGGAGACCUCAUCCUGACCUUCGACAUCCAGUUUCCGAAGAGUCUCAGCUACGAGAGGAGGGAGCAGAUCAGACAAGCUUUGAAAUGUUCUUGAGAAAAUUGGCAAAACAGAA